CGUGCAGAGGGGGGGGGCUGGGGGUGCUUGAGCACCUGCCCUUUUUGCUCCUUGCCCUAAAGUGCCCUUUUGGUCCAAUUUUUUUUUUUUUUUUUUAAAGUUAAUUUCCCAAGCCCUCCUCUGAUAUGUACUAAAAUUAUUAUUUUUUGUUGUUGUUGUUUUUAUUUAAAGAAAAACAACAUAAUAAGCCCUUCGGGUCACCUUGUUACCUUUGACCUUUUGUCCGUGACGCAUGACGCAGCUGCCUCCCGCUCAGUCAGUGAGACUGCGCAGUAGCUUACUGCGGAGCUCAAGGUGGAGGAGGAAGGAAGGAAAAUUCAAAGAUGCCACGUAAAGAAAGACGGCAGAAACAAAAAAGAAAAGAAUUGAUAGAUGCAGCAAAAGGUAGUGGAUUGUUGACCGACUGGGUCAGAACGAGUACUGCAGAUGGACAGAAGGAAAGUGAUAGAUCAGAGGAGGAGACAAAAAUGCAGUCAACAACACAGGAAGACAGGCAAGGAGAGGGACAACAGUCAGAAAUCAAAGACACAGAAAUGCAGUCAACACAGGAAGACAGGCAAGGAGAGGGACAACAGUCAGAAAUCAAAGACACAGAAAUGCAGUCAACACAGGAAGACAGGCAAGGAGAGGGACAACAGUCAGAAAUCAAAGACACAGAAAUGCAGUCAACACAGGAAGACAGGCAAGGAGAGGGACAACAGUCAGAAAUAAACACUAUGGAUGAAAAUGCAGAGCAACAAGUCAGAGAGAAGCCAUUCAUAUUUUUAAUGGACCUUCCACACCCAAAUGACCCAGCACAUGUCUUGCAAUUCAACAUAAAAUAUGAUGAAGCAUUUAUCCAAAAUUGUGUAAACCAAGGACCAUGCCAACCAGAGCUGUCAUUUCCUAAAAAUGAAGAAGGAAGGUCUUUUCAGAAUAAAUGGUAUAAGAGUAACCCAUGGCUGGAGUAUUCUCCCAGUUUAAAUUCCAUGUUUUGUUUUAGCUGUCGUGUUUUUUUGAAUGAAGAAAAGCACAUGUUCCGCAAAUCAUGGAAGACAAUAGGAUUAAACAGAUGGAACAAAGCAUUACAGAAAAUUAAAGAGCACAGUGGAUCAGAGUCCCAUAUGUGUGCUAUGGUAAAGUGGAACACUUUUCAGAAAAAAUCCCUGGAGGCAGUUUUGGAAACAGGUAACCUUCAAUCACAAGCUGCAAAAGACAAAGAAAAGCAGAGGAACAGAGAAAUUUUAUCUCGGUUGAUUUCCAUUACACUUUAUCUGGCAAGACAGGGCAUGUCAUUUAGAGGAGAUGAUGAGACUUCAGGAAGCCUAAAUCGAGGCAACUUUUUAGAGCUUGUCGAGUUAUUCGGCAAGUAUGAUAGUGUCAUUAAAUUGCACCUUGAUAGAUUGAAAGAAACACUGGACAGUAACAAAAGACCACUGGUCUCACUACUAUCAAACAGAACACAAAAUGACAUAAUAAAAGCAUUAGGUAUAGCAGUAAGACAUGCAAUCAAAACUGAAAUAGAAGAAAGUGAGCUGUGUUCCAUUCUUAUUGACGAAACCACAGAUGUUUCACACAUGGAACAAGUGUCAUUUGUGGUCAGAUACGUGCACAAUAUGCAGAUUAAGGAGCGAUUUAUUCAGGUGUGCAACAUUCAGUCCACAAGUGGAGAAGCCCUUGAAAAUCUGGUUCUGGACGUACUGAAGGAAAACAAUCUAAAAAUGGAUAACAUCAGAGGUCAGGGAUACGAUGGAGCAGCUAACAUGAGAGGACACUACAAGGGACUUCAGGCAAGAAUUCUCAGGCACAAUCCCAAGGCUUUGUAUGUCCACUGUCAGGCACACUGUCUUAAUUUGGUGUUAGUUGAAAGUGCCAAAUCAAAUAUAUGUUUUGUCACAUUUUUCAACUUGGUUGAAAAACUUUACGCUUUCAUUGGGAACUCAUCAAAAAGACAUACUGCAUUUAUUGAGGUUCAGAAAGGAAUGCAACCACAUCAGCGCCCAGUUGAACUGCAAAAGUUGUCUGACACUCGUUGGGCCUGCCGAGAAAGAGCCCUGAAGUCUCUCAAGAAGGUCCUUCCAGCUGUUAUGAAGUUCUUAGAGAAUAUGACUCAGGAAAGCCCCCCUGAUCCAUCAGCAGGUGACGCAGCAAUCCUUUUGAAGAACAUCAAUUUUGAAUUCUUCUUAUGUCUGGAAAUUACUUGCCCCAUCUUCCAAGUAACUACAGUUGCAUCAGAUGCGUUACAGCAGAAAGAUAUGGACCUGGCUGCAGCCUACAAAAUUGUUGAAGGGGUACUACAGACACUGGAGCACUGCAGAUCAGAAGAAGAAUUUGAGGAAAUGUAUAAGAAAGCCACAGAAAAGGCUGCAGCUGUGGGGCUUGACCCCACUGAAGAAGUCAGUGGACACAGAAGGAAGAGGAAAGUGCCAGCAAAGUUUACUGCGGUUGGUACAGGCGCUUCUGAUGACCAUGUUUUCCAUACCUUGAAGGAGUCCUACCGUGCACAGGUAUAUUAUGUUUUUGUAGACUCCAUUACACAAGAGCUUCAGAAACGGUUUAAGGGAGUAGAUAAUGCUACCUGGGAAAUAUUAAAUGCCCUCCACUGCCUUACUGUCCCAGAAAACUGGACCAAUGCAACAGUUCCUCCAAAAGCACUUCAAGCUCUAAAGAUGCUCUGCCAGUUUUAUGAAAUUGAUGACCAAGAAAAAUUGAAGACAGAGCUGAAGGUUUUUCACAAUUCAUAUUUGGAGUUUUCAUCUUACAGUGUGUCAUCAAUGCUGUCUGUCAUCAAAGAAAACAAUGCUGAUCUGGUUUUUCCCAACCUGACUGGACUAUUGAAAACAUACGCCACCUUACCAGUGUCUACAGCAACCGUUGAGCGUUCCUUCUCAAAACUGAAGCUAGUGAAAACAAAACUACGCAGCUUAUGCAAGGAGGAUAGGUUGUCAGACCUUCUUUUGCUGGCAAUUGAGAAGGAUGUGCCAAUCAUUCACAGUGAGGUUAUUGACAUUUUUCGAGACAUGACCAACAGAAAACUGCUGCUGUGAACAGAAGAGAACAAAAAUAACAAAAAUGCUUAAAAGUUGGAAGUUUGUUUUUAAACAGUUAAAUCACCAUGAAGGAAAAUAAGAUUUUGGAUAAUAAUCUUAGAUUCAGUUUGGGGGAAAAAAGAGACUGAAAUAAAUAAGAGACAUCGGCCUCCACUCAACACAGAGAAGAUGAGACAAUGAAGAAAAAAAAGAGAAACUGAGAAGAAAAAAAGAAGAGGAAAGAUUGAAGAAAAUGUAUAUAGGUACUUACAAAAUACACUAAGACACAAAUAGAGAUAUAGGCAUACAUUUUGGUAGGCAGUAAGUCUCAGUAGGCUUUUCUCAUGGUGACAUGCAUUAACAAUUCAAUUUGUGCUUUUUUUUUUCUGCAGUUCCACGUUAAAGUUUGAUGCAGCUCUGCUUUCCUGAAUCUUCAUUUCCAAUGUAAGUGCAGCAAACAGGCAGCUCUUUUUUUUUUUAUAAAUUACAGUACACUAAAAGGUUGUAUUGUGCCCUUGUUUAUAUUUUUAAUAGUGUAAUUCUGUAAAGACAAAAUAUGUAAAUCGGAGCUAAACCAUCAGCUCUGAUUUACA